AUGUUUCGGCGCCCGCGCAGUACCGAACCUGACCCAGUGGCCUUACAUGUCGGACAUGUACUGAAACCUAUGCCUGUUAUGCUCUGGGGAGGCCAAGCAAUGUAUUUUCUCGGAGCACCGAUAGUACUUGGUCUCUAUAUGAUUGUCGUCCAGGAUGAGGAUUAUCAACUUGCAAUAAAGAAACUGCUCGACUCCGGAUUUCAGCUUUCGAAACCGAGACGCGAGUCCGCCCCAGAGGUCCUAGAAAGUCUCCCGGACCCCCAAACUGUGAUAGACGAGAUCAACGCAGGCUACCGGCGCGUAGAUGAAGACAGUACAACCUUUGAUUUCCCGGAAAGUUCGCAAACGGAGGAGCAAUUGACCUUGCUUCCGAACUCAUUCGUUCACCUUCCCCCGGUAAACGACCUACGCUAUUUGAAGGAAUACGUUCCCUACGAUAAUUUAUGGUAUCCCUGCGAACGGGCUCUGGCGUCAAGUUUUGUUCAAGCUACCAUGGAUGACGAAGAUAUUAAUAAAUACUCACUUUGGGUGGACGUUUUACGAUCCUGGAUUGGCUUUAUGCCGAACUAUCUUGAGGUAAACAACGAUAUUUUUGAUUAUUGGGAAUUCCUUGAUAGCCGGGCCAAGGAAUGGUACAGUACGCAUUAUGGAAGAGCGCGUGAAGCAAAGUAUGGACCGUGGGAUCGGCGCAUAUCGAAGCGUAUAGGCUCUAGUAAAGAAAUGCCGGUUGGUGCAAGGGGAAACCCUCUGGAGCGUUGA